GCCAUUAAUGACGACCGCGAGCGCAUCAUCCUGAACGUCGGCGGCACGCGGCACGAGACCUACCGGACCACGCUGCGCACGCUGCCCGGCACGCGCCUGGCGCUGCUCGUGUCGUCGUCCGUGUCGUCGUGCUCGUGCUCGCUCACCGGCUCCGGUUCGGACGAGGUGGAGUCGGUGGUUCUGCUGGACCCGCGCCAUCGCUACCGACCCCACCGGGACCACCGGCGUCACGAGCGGGACGCGCAACAGGCGCGCGCCGCCGGCAACGAGUUCUUCUUCGACCGGCACCCGGGCGUGUUCGCGUCCGUGCUGAACUACUACCGGACCGGGAAGCUGCACUGCCCGGCGGACGUGUGCGGCCCGCUGUUCGAGGAGGAGCUCGCCUUCUGGGGCAUCGACGAGACCGACGUGGAGCCCUGCUGCUGGAUGAGCUACCGGCAGCACCGCGACGCCGAGGAGGCGCUCGACGUCUUCGACCUCAACGUGGUGGGUUCGGACGGCGGGGUGCACCGCGACAAGGACCAGGACGAGCACGAGGACGAGGAGGAGGAGGAGGAGGACGAGGUCGGAACAGCCAAGAGGCAGCGAUGGAGAAAGUGGAGACCCAUCAUCUGGAACCUGUUCGAGGACCCGUAUUCAUCACCAGCGGCCAGGUUUGUAGCAUUAGCCUCCUUGUUCUUCAUCAUGGUCUCCAUCACCACCUUCUGCCUGGAGACUCACGAGGCCUUCAACACCGUCAUCAACAAAACCGAGACGUCACGUAGCGACGGCGCUCCGGACCCGGGGCCCCAGUACGAGAUGGAGACGGACCCCGCGCUCACCUACGUGGAGGGCGUGUGCGUCCUCUGGUUCACCUUCGAGUUCCUGGUCCGAGUCACGUUCAGCCCGGACAAGCUGGAGUUCAUCAAGAGCGUCCUGAACAUCAUCGACUUCGUGGCCAUCCUGCCCUUCUACCUGGAGGUGGGGCUGAGCGCCAUGUCGUCCAAGGCUGCCAAGGACGUGCUGGGUUUCCUGCGGGUGGUCCGCUUCGUCCGCAUCCUGCGCAUCUUCAAGCUCACGCGCCACUUCGUGGGUUUGAGGGUGCUGGGCCACACCCUACGCGCCAGCGUGAACGAGUUCUUCCUCCUCAUCAUCUUCCUGGCGCUGGGCGUGCUGAUCUUCGCCACCAUGAUCUACUACGCCGAGCGGAUCGGCGCCAACCCCAACGACCCCACGGCCAGCGACCACACCAUGUUCAAGAACAUCCCCAUCGGCUUCUGGUGGGCCGUGGUUACCAUGACGACCCUGGGAUACGGAGACAUGUGCCCUCAGACGUGGUCGGGCAUGCUGGUGGGGGCGCUGUGUGCGCUGGCGGGGGUGCUGACCAUCGCCAUGCCCGUUCCCGUCAUCGUGAAUAACUUUGGCAUGUACUACUCGCUCGCCAUGGCCAAGCAGAAGCUCCCCAAGAAGAGGAAGAAGCACAUUCCACAGGGGGCCCCGAGGGCCACGCCCUCCUUCUGCAGAACUAACCUGAGCUUAGCGUGUAACAGUGACCCCGACGAUCUGCGUUUGGGACAGAACCGAGCGCCGCAGCGCCACCUGUCAGACCUCAGCACAGGAAGUGACAUCACAACCUCCCCCGACGAGCGACUGUCCACGCGGGAUCGACACAUCGGAGCUGCCUGCUUCCUAUUGGCUCCCAGUAAUUACACCUGCACCGCUGACUCCGCCCUCCACAGACCAGCUGCUGCUAAACCUCUGGCUGAAAUACAGCUCAUAUCGACUAAAGCUGGAGAGGGCGGAGCCACGACCGACUCGGAUGGAUUCGACGAUUUGGAUUGGACGGUCGCCUUGUACACCUUUAACCCCUACUAA